GAAGCCAUUAUAAAAUGCACGAUAUAAAAACCCUAGGGUUUCUUGACUCGUCUCUCUCUACUACAGAUAUCAACUCGCGCCUCUGUGUCAAUCCAGUUCCUUCACCGCAACCCAAAUCAUGGCUCCAAAGAAGGAUAAGGCUCCUCCACCUUCCUCCAAGCCAGCCAAAUCUGGUGGUGGCAAGCAGAAGAAGAAGAAGUGGAGCAAAGGAAAGCAAAAGGAGAAGGUGAACAACAUGGUGCUGUUUGAUCAGGCUACCUAUGACAAGCUGUUAACUGAAGCACCCAAAUACAAGCUCAUUACUCCUUCUGUUCUCUCUGAUCGUUUGAGGAUUAAUGGAUCACUUGCAAGGAGGGCUAUUAGAGACUUGAUGGCUAAAGGUUUAAUCAGGUUGGUGUCUGCCCAUGCAAGUCAGCAGAUUUACACCAGGGCUACAAACACCUAGGUGUAGUACUGAUCAACUUGCAGAGUAUCAAUAGAAGUUCCUAUGUAUUGUUGUUUUCAACUUUGAGAUGCACAUUAUGCAAGCUUGUAUUAGUUUUGCUGAAUCCAUAGUUUGAGGUUCUUUUUGUAACCUUGUUUUUUGGCACCUAUCUAUUGUUUAUGGUAUUGUGGCAGUUCUUUUAUUCUGACCUAUUUUAUUUAGUUGAAUUGCUAAUGUGAUGGAGAUUCAUUUUGAAAUCUAGACUAGUUGGCAACUGA